AAUUACUUUAAAUAGAGCAGUGUAUAGUAGUGAUACUGGUACACUCGCAUAAAUUUAUGUUAUAACAUGUAAAUAUUUACUGUUCACAAAACGAACGUUCGAUUUGGGACAUAUGUUGUGUUUAUUAAUUGUCUAUAGUAGUCGUCAUAGGUAAUGUGUCAUUAAUAAUGGGUGGAACAAGUUCCAAAGUGGAUAUUAACAAUAGGGAUGAGGAUAUUCGAGUUAUAGCGUCUAUAGAUUUCGGAACUCGGUAUACAGGUUAUGCGUUCAUCUUAAAGGACGGUAAGGAAACAAAAUACAUUUACAGACCAAAUCAUUCAGAAACCAAAUCUGAACGAACGUGUAUUCUUCUUCGAGACAACGACAAUGCUGAGUUCGUGGCCUUCGGCAAUAAUGCCAUGGACAUCUUUGACAGAAAAAAUCUGUCAGAAAAACUCUGAAGUUAAAGACUGUUUAAGCACGACUGUAAAAGGUGGAUAUGACAUAAAGGACACUGAUAUUUUAUGGGUCAUUACCAUUCCAGCAACCGGUAGCGAUUUGUUUAAAAUGUUCAUUCGCAAAGUUGCUGAAAAAAGAUACCACAAGAUAAAGAUUGUGCUCGAACCAGAGGCUGCUUCAAUGUACAUAAGGAACAAACCCCUUCAUUUUACAGAGAGAAUGCACAUAGAACCAUUUAGGCCCGGCCAGUGCUAUAUUUUGGUUGAUAUAGGUGCAGGUACAAGCGACAUUUGUGCACACAAAGUUACAGAAGAUGGCAAUUUGAUAGAAAUCCUUUCAGCUGGAAUACAUGAAGGCGGUGAACAGAUUAACAAAUCUUUUUUCAAUGCUUUAGAAGAACUUUUUUCCGCCGAGGUCUUUAACGAAUUCAAGAAAGAUAACAUGAGAUUCCACAAGCUAGAAAAAGACUUUGAAGAAAUAAAACACAAAUUAAAACCCAACGAUAACAAUGACGAUGUGCUUCUAUUGGAUGAAAAACUGCUGAAACUUUUUGCCAAAACAACAGGCGGACAAUUUGAAAUGUGUUUAAAACAAUCUACCAGUAAAUUCAAAACCGAGUUAAGAAUCCAUGAUAGCAACUGGCUCUAUAUGAAUAAGACAUUUGUGUGUGGCCUCUUUGACCCCACAAUCAAUACAAUAAUUACACAUAUACAAGAACAGACAUGUCGGGCGACAAAAGCCGGAUAUAGGAUAUCUUGUAUUCUUCUGUCCGGUGGGCUAUCCGAAUCCAAGUACGUGUUUAGUAGAAUAGAGAACCAUUUUAGUAGGGGUUCGAACACCAACGAUGUAAUUCCUGUCAUACAAGCACCAAACGCUCGUAACGCAGUUGUCGAUGGCGCGUUACUUAUGGGACUUCAUCCAAAUGGGAUUAUCGGGCGAGUUUCUCCUUACACUUAUGGAUUCUACUCGGUUGUUCCAUUCCAAGAAGGGGAACACCCGGAAGAUCUGAAAGACGUCCAUGAAGGCGUGACACAGUGCAAGGCGGUCUUCUACAAAUUGAUUGAGAGAAACAAAAUUGUACGACCAAGAGAUUGCUUUGAGCGAAGAUCCUCCACAGAUUACAUUGAAAGUAAGCAUCAAACAAGGAUCACAUCGUUAUGGAGAUCUUUUAGAAAGGAUCCGAAAUACUGUACACAAGAUGAUGAGUGUGAAUUGGUUGCGAGUAUUGAAAUACGGCCUCCGGCUGAAGGCUGGCCCCCAAAAUUGUAUCAUAUCCAGAGGUUGGUUGUCAUUGACAACGAGUUUGUUGUGGAAUUUGAAAAUGAGACCACAGGCCAAAAGUAUAAGACCCGUGUAGAUUAUGCCUUCUAAAUGAUAGUGGAAUUAGAACGACCAACUGGACUUCGCGUAUUGCACAGUGGGGAAUGUAUUAUAGCAAUCACAGUUUAUUGGAGUAUUUUUACUGUGAGUUGCAAGCAAAUACAGUUAUGAUUCUGAAAUUGAUAUUACUUAUUAAAAUUAACUACAAAUGUAAAACGGUUGAUCAUGCGUUGGGUGGUAUCUCUAUCCUGAAUCCACCAGUUAUAUGCCCGGUUUAUGUAUUAUCUUAAAUAUGUGAUAGUAUAUAAAAUAUAGGUAAAAAAUGUUAUCUAUAUAAUACACACCAACAUAAAGUAAAGUGCUUACUAACUAUUGGUAGUUUGUUAUAAUGAUAGCCAAUAGUAUUAUCUGUGUAUCAUGAAUACACCCGUUAACUUUCUUGCAUACUGGCUAUCAAUAGC